AGUACACCCCAGGCUCACCUUAACCUGAAAGCGCACAUCUUCACCACACAGCCAACGCACACACACACCCCAGGCUAUAAUGCAGAGCGUGAUAAAGUCAUCGACGCUCGCUCGUGCGCGGGCGUUCCGCACGGCGCAGAAUGUUGGAGGAGGCGUAAGGUCAUUUGCCUCGUCUGCGAGGAGGAGUCAGGCGGUGCCGACUGAGAAACCGGUGCUCAUGAAAGAGUUCAAGAUUUAUCGUUGGAACCCGGAUGAGCCUGCAAAGAAGCCCACUCUGCAGUCGUACACUAUUGAUUUGAACCAGACGGGACCUAUGAUCCUCGACGCCCUCAUCAAAAUCAAAAACGAAAUCGACCCUACCCUCACCUUCCGCCGUUCCUGUCGGGAGGGCAUCUGUGGGUCGUGCGCCAUGAACAUCGACGGGCAGAACACGCUUGCGUGUCUUUGCAGGACUGAUAGGAAUGUAGGGAAGGAUGCGAAGGUGUAUCCCUUGCCGCAUAUGUACAUCGUCAAAGACCUCGUCCCCGACCUCACCCUCUUCUACAAACAAUACAAAUCCAUCCAGCCCUACCUGCAGAACGACAACCCCCCGGCGUCUGGCGAGUUUUUGCAGUCCCAGGAGGAGAGGAAGAAAUUGGACGGGCUGUAUGAGUGUAUUUUGUGUGCGUGCUGUUCGACGAGCUGUCCGUCGUAUUGGUGGAACCAGGAUGAGUAUUUGGGCCCGGCGACGCUGAUGCAGGCGUAUAGGUGGAUUGCUGAUUCGAGGGACUCGUACGGUGCGGAGAGGAAGGAAAAGCUCCAGAAUGAGAUGAGCAUGUAUAGGUGUCACACUAUUUUCAACUGCUCGCGCACUUGUCCAAAGGGUCUUAACCCAGCCGCUGCUAUCGCGAAGAUUAAGCUGGAGUUGGCGGCAGAGUAGAAGCAUUUAGCCUUGGGACGGACGGGGAUUGGGUUGGAAACAAUGGAUAGGUUUUGAAUUUCGGUGUCAGCUUAAUUAACACUUGGGCUGGUGGAUGUUGAGCACACUGCACAGUGAAAGGGUUGAUUGUUAAUUUGUACCGCCGUCUUAAUGGAAUCGGCAUUCUGACGGUGAUUUGUU